AUGCCCACCAAACGUUCACCUUCUUCAUUCGAAACAGACACCGAUGCCAAACCCGACCUCUCGACACCCCCUCAAACUCCUUCCAAAAAGUCCAAAAAAGCACCAGGUGGUACUCCGAAAGUCAAAGCCUCGCCCAAUAGCGGGGGAUGGGAUAACGAAGCCAAAGCUGCGUUAGUGAGGAGGUUAGUGGAGACUGGAUAUAAAAAUAUGGAUUGGGGGGCUUUGGCGUCAGAGACUGGAAUGACAGAGUCUCAAUGUAAGAACCAAUUGACACCUGGUCGAAACAAUAUCCGCAAAGUCUUAUCCGAGACUUUCUCGUAA